CUUUUGAUCUAUUAUUGUACAUGUUGACUAUAAGAUAGGCUGUAGAUGACAUGACACUGGCUUAUAGGCAGCAGCUGACUAUACUAUUAACCAUGCUCUAAUAGGUUCCAUCCCAAAUAGCAUAGGAAAUUUGACCAAAGUCACUAUCUUAAAUCUUUUCAUGAACGAAAUUUCUGGACACGUCCCUCGAGAACUAGGUCGCCUUGUGAACUUAUGGGAUUUGAUCUUGGCCGUAACAUGCUAACUGGUUCUAUCCCAAAUAGCAUAGGAAAUUUGACAAAACCCACAACCUUGUACCUUAGUAGCAACCAACUUUCUGGACACAUCUAUCGAGAACUAGGUCGCCUUGAGAACUUAGAGGACUUGAUGCUUUACAACAACACACUAAUAGGUUUCAUCCCAAGUAGCAUACGAAAUUUGACCAAACUCACAAGUUUGUACCUCGAUAAUAACCAACUUUCUGGGCACAUCCCUCGAGAACUAGGUUAUUUAGUCAAUUUAGACUACUUGUAUCUUAGCUACAACACACUGACAGGUUCCAUCCCAAAAGACCUAGGCAAUCUCACAGAACUCGUUGGCUUGUACCUUGAAAAUAACCAACUUUCUGGUCACAUUCCCCGGGAAUUAGGUUAUUUGGUCAACUUAGAGUCCUUGUCUCUUAAAAAUAAUUCACUAACUGGUCCCAUCCCAAAUAGCCUUGGCAAUCUGACAAAACUAUAUGAAUUGUACUUUGGCCAGAACCAACUUUCUGGGCAAAUUUCAUGAGAAUAGGUUGGUUGUUGAAUUUGGAGUACCUAGAGCUUAACAACAACACACUUAACACAUAUUUCAUCACAAACAGCCUAGAUUGUCUUCCAGUAGAAUUAUCUUUGUGGAAAAUUUCACAAGAAGCAGAAGGUGCACCAUCCUCAUCCACCCCUGCUGCUGCUCCUCUCCCUCACGGAACGGGAGCAAACCCCUGCGCCAGCUCCGCUGCCGUGGCACAAGCACGUCCUCACCGUGGCCCACUCCGCCUGCUCCUCUCCUGCACUCGUCCUCCUCGCAAAGAAAAAAGCCCACACCCUCGCCGCUGGGUCACUCGACACCGGCGCGCUCACCAGCGACUAGGCCACCGCCGCCGUGGCGCCCGCACCGGUGGCCCUGGCCCUCGCCGCCUUCUUCGACUGCUGCACGACCCCUCACGCCUGUGCCACCAACGUCGUUGCCGCGCUCUCAUGCGAGGACGCGCGCCUGGGCCGUCCCGGAAGCGCCCGCCGCGUCCAAGGACAGGGCCGACGUCGCCACCAACCUCAGGAGGCUCCUACUAGGGUCCUCCAACCGCGCGGCCAUCAGCGGUCUCGUUCUCCAAGGUGCCCGCCGUGCACGGGGCCUUCCGGGAUUCGGCGUGGGCCCUCCACGCCUGGGUGCACGACGAGCUCAACGGUCCGGUACUGAAGCUCGGGAACCAAGGAGGAGACUUUGAUGCUGAUGACACUGGUGCACUCGAUGUGCAACCUCAGCGCCGCUCGGGCACUGCUUCUUCCGUGC